UGACUGCACACGUCACGUGUUAGUAAUGUAUUGGUACACCAGGUCGUUUAAAAAGGAAGAGAUUUAGAACCUAGAAUUCUUAUAUUUUAAUUUUGAAGUCACUCUCGAGAUCAAUUCUUAGAUAACGGACGUUGCUUUUAGAUUAUUCUAGUAUUUUGAAUUACAUUGUGGCAGCUGAUAGUGAUACAUUUGGCAAAGAAAGUUGUAGUUUUAAAAUGUUUGCAAUCGUUUUAAUAACAAGGUUAAAGUUCGGUACGCCGAUGUUGAUUCACAAAUGAUGUUGAUCAAAAAAUGGUUCACAGUUUCGCGAUGGAUGAAGUUCUCUGAAAUUUUUCUCGCCACCAUAUCCGUUACAAAACGACAUGUGAAUGUCCCUGGUCGAUCCAAAAGAAAGAUUCUGCUAACCUCUGCAAGCACCCAACCUCGGAUCAACGAAAUCAAAAACGUUGACAGCAUUACGUCCACCUUUCAUUUAACUGCCGAUCGAGUAGCGAAAAAUGAUCCAACGUCAUUUAUAUGGACUGAAGGAAUGACACUAAUUGUACCAAGACCUGAGGAAGAAAAUCGUUUAUUCGCUUUCAUCGGUCCAUUUCAACCUAUGGUUUGGUUGCUGAUUUUCAUCAGCAUUUUCCCUGUCAUUGGCGCGAUGACUUUUUUUACGUGGUUCUACCAACAUCUUCAUUGGAAUAACGAUGCCGCCAAGAACAACAAUUCCAUUCGAUGGUUUACAACUAUCCCUAGUUCCCACAUGAUUUACGUGAUUAAUACCCUGACGAAUCAAGGGGGUAGAGAAGCAUUUAAUCGCUUCUCAUUUCGGGUCCUGACUGGAGUUUGGGUUUUGUGCGCUAUGGUUUUGGUCAAUUGUUACACUGGAAUCGUCACAUCUUCACUCACAACGCCAAAGAUGAAACCGACCAUAAACUCAUUUGAAGACUUGGCCGCAAGCGAAGAAGUUGGUAUAGUUCUGCGAAGUGAUACGACGAUCGGAAAUCAGAUCCUGAAGGCGACAUCCGGUAUUUAUAAGGUUCUUGGGGAUGAAGCCCGACGUAAUCCUAAUCAAAUAGUUGACAAUCCUUUCAAGUUGACCGCAACACUGGAAACUGGACGCUACGCUUAUCCUUAUCUGCACUCUUUAUGCUAUGCCUUUGUCUGUUCUCAAUAUGAGAAAGACGGGAUGUGUCGCUUUAAAUUAUCGAAACUUUUGCCCGUUUCCAUUGGAUUUACGUCUUUGUUUUUUAAAAAAGGAAGUUUGUUUACUAAAGAUAUGGACAAAGGACUUAUGGAACUGUGGGAGAGUGGACUUGUCCGUUUAUGGAUUAAUAAUAUUCAUUCUACUCCCAAGGCGAAACAGUGUUUUGCCGAUACGAAACGUGGAGUCACCCGCGUAGUCCCCAUUCAACUGUCGGACUUAAUUAGCGCUUUCUUUAUCCUUGCUAUCGGUAUUGGAUUGGCGACGCUGAGUUUCUUACUGGAAAUAAUCCUAUCAACAUUACGUCGAGAGAGGCUUUAGUUAAUUUAAGCAUUUAUUGCAGCAGGUAUGUGCUGCACUACAUCAAUAGGGCACGUUGUGUAGUUUCUAAUAAUAGUCUUUUCGUCUAAUAAUAUCCUCUUUUAUAUAUUUAUAUAUACGUCUUAAACAACCUUUACCGAAUUUUAAUCCGUUUUUACUUCUCCUCCUGGGGCAUGCGAACGUUUUUAGCUUAGUCUUGUAACUCCUGAUACGAAUUAACUAACUAGCAGUUGAUUUGCUAGAAUACACAUUUGUUUAAAAGUU